UCCUCUUCUUCUUCAUCCUCUUCUUCUUCAUCCUCUUCUUCUUCUUCUUCAUCCUCUUCUUCUUCAUCCUCUUCUUCUUCAUCCUCUUCUUCAUCUUCCUCUUCUUCAUCUUCCUUUUCUUCUUCAUCCUCUUCUUCAUCCUCUUCUUCUUCUUCUUCCUCUUCUUCUUCCUCUUCUUCAUCCUCUUCUUUCUUUUUUCUUCUUCUUUUUGUCUUCCUCUUGCAGGUCACUGCUCAUGCGCGCAGAUUUUUUUAUCGGUUAAAAUAUCGGCCGAUUUGCCCAUCAUUGCCGCGAAAAUCGCCGCCGAACGGCAAAAUCGGCCGAUUUUUUUCCAACUUUACCGAUAAAAAAAAUCUGCCAAAAUACCGAAAAACGGCCGACCAUUUAGCCCACUACCGAUCCGAAAAAUCGGCCGAUUUUAUUUUCGGCCGAAAAAAUCGGCCGAUUUUCGACCCAUCUAUGGCCUGCAUUAGUGUACAUUGAGACGUAGGACGGGAGUAUUAAAGGAAACCC